AUGGCGCUGCCGAAGGAGGUGUUCUUCAGCAAUGUGCCAUACAGCACUACGGAGGAGACUUUGCAGGAGGUUUUCAGUCGCGCGGGCACCGUCCUGCAAUUGCAACUCUUCCGCCAGAAGACGGGCGAGAGCCGCGGCAUGGGGGUCGUGACCUUUGCGGACCCGGAGUCGGUGCAGUACGCAGUGCAGAACCUCAGGGACUACCAGAUCGCCGACAGGGCGAUGUGGGUUUCCACCCACAGCAAGUCGGAGGGCCCGCGAGGCGCUCCGGCGGUGCAGAUGACUAGCUCCAAAGUUUUCUUUAGCAAUGUGCCCUUCCAUGUUGACAAGGAUCAGCUUACCACACUAUUUUCAGAGGUGGGUGUCGUCAAGGAACUUACGAUCUUCCAAAAGGAUGGACAGUCGCGAGGAAUGGGCCACUGCACCUUCCAAGUGCCCUCCAUGGCAGCGGCGGCGAUCCAAGUUCUGCGAGACCGGGACGUCGGGGGGCGGCCAAUUUGGAUUGCGGAGGACAACAAGGCACAGGGCGUCGCCCCUCUGGCUGUGCCACAGAUGGCGCAGCUGACGCAGUUGGCGCCGAUGACGCAGCUCCUGCAGAUGUCGCAGAUGUCGCAAUUAGCGCCCUUCCUGCCGCUUCUCCAGCAGCAAGUGGUGCAGGCAGUGCAGCCCGAGCUCAACGUUCCCACAGCGGCCUCCGGCAGUCGCAUCUUCUUCAGCAACGUGCCCUUCGAUGUGCAAGAGCUGCAGCUGCAGCAGGUCUUCCAGAGCAUCGGCCCCAUCGUGGAGCUGAACCUCAUGCGAACGCCGGAUGGGAAGAGUCGGGGUAUGGGCCACUGCACCUACGCCACGCCGGACCUGGCAGCCGCUGCCAUCCAGUACCUCUUGGAUCGCGACGUGGGCGGAAGACCUCUCCUGGUGAAGCAGGUCGGGUCUUGA